GGUUGGGACACUAAUAAGCGCCUCGUUUCACAUGUGAAGGGCCGAAUUUCAGUGGCCAGUAUUAAAUUAUCUGUUAAAUUCUUAACAAUCAGACUGACGAAAUGGCUGACACCAAGGAGACGAUUGUGGAGGGCGUGGAGGCGUUGACACUGAAUGGAAAACCGGACGCAGAACCCGUGGGAACGGGAACGGAUGCCCAGGCACAGGAGGGAGCCACUGCACCCACAGAAGAUGUUGUGGAUCCGUGGAAUGUGGCCAGCAGCAACGACGCGGGCGUCGACUAUGAUAAGCUGAUAAAACGCUUUGGCUCCAGCAAAAUCGAUGAGGAGCUCAUCGCGCGUUUCGAGAAAAUCACGGGGAAGCCCGCCCACCACUUCAUCCGAAGGGGCAUGUUCUUCUCGCACCGGGAUCUGCAUACGAUUCUCACACUGCGCGAACAGGGCAAACCAUUCUAUUUGUACACUGGUCGCGGUCCCAGUUCCGGAUCCCUGCACGUGGGCCACCUGGUGCCCUUCAUCAUGACCAAGUGGCUGCAGGAGACCUUCGAUGUGCCGCUGGUUAUUCAAUUGACCGACGACGAGAAGACCUUGUGGAAGGAUCUGAAAGUGGAGGAUGCCAUCAAGCUUGGACGUGAAAACGCCAAGGAUAUUGUGGCCAUGGGAUUCGAUGUAAAUAAGACGUUCAUUUUCAACAACCUGGAAUUCGUGGGCAAAUGUCCUGCCAUGUACCAGAACAUCAUUCGCAUCCAGAAGUGCGUUACCUUCAAUCAGGUGAAGGGCAUCUUUGGCUUCGGGGAUUCAGACAUCAUUGGCAAAAUUGGUUUCCCAGCCGCUCAAGCAGCUCCCGCGAUUUCCAGCACCUUCCCCUUCAUCUUCGGCAACAGGAAGGUGCACUGCCUCAUCCCGUGCGCCAUCGAUCAGGACCCAUAUUUCCGCAUGACUCGCGAUGUGGCUCCACGUCUUGGCUUUCCCAAAUGCGCGCUCAUCCAUUCGACCUUCUUCCCGGCGCUGCAGGGUGCCAAGACGAAGAUGUCGGCUAGCGACCUGAACUCGGCUGUUUUCCUGACGGACACGCCCAAGCAGAUUAAGAACAAGAUCAACAAGUACGCCUUCUCCGGAGGACGCGUAACUGUGGAGGAACACCGCAAGCUGGGCGGAGUGCCGGAGGUUGAUGUGUCCUAUCAGCUGCUGAAGUUCUUCCUGGAGGACGAUGCCAAGUUGGAGGAGGUGAGAGUGGCUUACAGCAAAGGCGAAAUGCUCACGGGCGAGAUCAAGAAGCUGGCAGUUGAGACGCUCACACCCAUUGUGGAACAGCAUCAGGCCGCCCGCAAGCUGGUUACGGACGAAGUGCUGGACAAGUACUUCGAACUGCGACCCCUGAAGUUCGGAAGUUAGAACGGCAGCCGAGUUGAGGUACCUGCAUUUGCUUGACAUCGAUUCUUACUACAAGUUUAUAUGUUUAACUUAAAUCAAACUAAGCGAAAUUAGUUCAACACCGAACCGACUAAGGCACUCCUAUGUAAAUAGCUAUACAGAAUUGAUCUAUGCCUUGGCUCUGAGUCCGUGUGGCGCCCACUUAAUGCAUCGUUGUACUCGCUAUUUAUUUUAUUUUUUACACAGCGUGUUUAUUUUUAUAAAGCAGAAAACAAUAAACUUCGGCUUCGAUUUGCAA